AUAAACUCCAAGCAUUUAGUCCUGCUCAGUUUCCAUCACUGCCCCAUAGUCAACACCAAUCCUCCGCUUCCACAAUGGCCACCACCCUGAAAACCAUCUUCAUCACAGGCGCCAACACGGGCCUGGGUUACCAGAUUAUCCGCGCCCUUGCUACAUCCACAUCCCCGUACACAAUCCUUCUCGGCAGUCGCUCCCUCUCCAAGGCCGACGCUGCGAUUCAAUCUCUUGCAGCCGAGUUUCCGUCGACCAAGAGCACCAUCACACCCAUUCAAAUCGACAUCGAGGACGACGCCUCCAUUGCAGCGGCCGUCAAGACCAUUGAGGCCAAGUAUGGCCACUUAGAUGCUCUGGUCAACAAUGCCGGAGCCCAAUUCGAUCAGCACCUCACUGCGGGCAACAUGACAAUGCGCGAGGUCUGGGACGCCUCGUGGCGAUUAAACACUACCAGUACACAUGUCAUUACCCACGCCUUCGUGCCCCUCCUCUUGCAGUCGUCGGACCCGCGCCUCUUGUUCAUCACGAGCGGAACUUCCACCCUCGAGGGAAGCGACAACCGUCACAUACCGAUUAACAAGUUCCCAGCACCUGGGUGGCCAAAGACAGGGCUCCUAUCAAUCGGGAACAUGCCAGCUUACCGUAGCAGCAAGACGGGCAUGAACAUGAUGAUGCGAGAGUGGCAUCGUAUGCUGAAAGAGGACGGGGUCAAGGUGUGGUGCAUCAGUCCUGGGUUUUUGGCCACAGGCUUGGGCGGCAACCAGGAGGCGAACAAGAAAUUCGGAGCCGAAGAUCCGGCGCUAGGAGGGGCGUUUGUUCGGUCAGUACUGGAGGGAGAGAGAGAUGAGGAUGUCGGCAAGGUUGUUUCCAGGGCUGGGGUACAGGCUUGGUGAGAGUAUGUCCGGUCCUAUUAAGUAGUCAACGACACGGGAAUUGUAGUUAUUGAACAUAACGCUCUCUUUAUCGUCGCAUGAACAUUAUAUACGGUGUGUUGCGGCCUACAAGAUGUCGAUAUACCGGUGUUUGCUGCCUAACUAUGUUCUUAUUCUUGC